AUGGAAGAUCUGAAGACGUUUGUGGCAGAGAGGAAGGAUAUGGUGGAGUCGGUGAUGAGCGCCUUUGAGUUUGGAGCGGAAAUGGCAGCCUCCAUCGCUGGCGAUAUUUUCCCUAUUGUCUCACUCGCUGCUCCACUUGUCCAACUGGCUCUGGACAACGUGGAGGACAAAGAGACUGUUUUCAUGAGGGAGCAGUUUCAGAAGGUCAAGACUAAUCUGGAAAAGGCUUCAGAGGGAGUUCAGCGCAUCAAUGAGGAGUUUAAGAAGGCCAAUAAAAAUAUUCAAUUAUUCCCAAUUGAGAAAAAUAUCAAACAUCAGUUUAGAAGGUACAUGUUAUUUCUCAGUGAUAAUUCUGAUUACAACAAAAAGGAAUUCCUCCAAAACUUUGAUAGUAGCGGUGGGAAAAAACCCCUUAAGGAUCUCUACGGUAUUGUAAUAGGAACUCCCCUCUUUGGUAAACCUUUGCUUAACGUCAUCCUGACUUAUGAGGAGAAAAGCAGACGUCCAGUGGAGGAAUAUUGCGCCCAGCUAAAGUAUCUGUUCUGUAUGGGGAUCACUACGCUGUUAGCUCAUGAUGCGUUGACGGGGUCUGCUAAAGAAAAAAGGCACCUGGAAAAGUGGCGCCAGAAAAUGACAACUGUGCAGGACAAUAUUAAUGCUGCCAUUGAAGAAUGCAUCGAUAGCUUCCCAAUUCAAGCUAAGACUGAUUGUCAUCGACUGGUAAGGGACCGGGAGGGCCUGACCAAGCAGGAGCUGGCUGAUGCCCUCAUAGAGAUGUUAAAGGAGAGGUACGACUGGGUGGGCUGGUCUGUUCGUGUUUGCAAAUCUCACUCCAGCAUCUUUUGCAGCAAAAAAGAAUGUGAAUGCCCAACAGGGCAGAGUCGCUUCAAAGUGACCACAACAGAUGAAGAAGUCUACAUCUGGGUGUCCUACAGCACUUAUCUCAAACCGCUGGACAAGAAGCUCAUCCAAGACUUUAUCCAGAGUCAGAAGACACCUACAGUGGACGACAUAGCUGAGCAUCUCUUUGAGAAACUGCAAGGAUACUACAUGGUUCAAAUAGUCAAAUCCUGCAAACAUCUGGUCUGUUCCUCGAGCUUCGCGGACGACUGUCACUACUGGGAGAAGCAUGCAAAUGUUUAUGUCUGCGUUCAUUCUUUUUAACUUAAAGACAAAAAUGAAACAUCAUUUGAACACUUUCUGUUGUUUGAUCCUAACAAAAAAGCUAUUUUCUAAGAGAAGCAGGAACACGACAUGUCAGUGUGAUAUGCUGUGAAGGGAGCAGGUUCAGAGACAAACGACUGGAGUUCUGCAGAAGACAACAUGUUAACCUGGUGCUGGGCUAAUCUUUACGUUUCUCUAUUUUGCUUUUAAAUUGUCUCUCUGUAAAAUAUCUCUUUAUUUUUUCCUGAUUUAUGGGUCUCUUUUUAAA